AUGGAAGAUCUACGUUUAUUGCCAGUGACUCAGUCCACACCACACAAGACCUCGUCUCUGGUGAUCACAAAGGCUCCACAAAUUGGUCUUUCUGCUUUCCUCAUUUAUCUGGCCAAGCCUCAAAUAUCCUUCCUGGGAGAGCAGCGGCUGUUCAUCGACCCUCAACAGGCACUCAAUGUCCUUGACUCCUUCAUGUCACUGGUGCUUGGACGCUUUGACUGGGGAAUCAAACUUCACUGCUGUUCUGAAUGUGGUAAAACGUUUUCAUGGAGAAGUAAUCUUCAGACCCACCAAAGAAUUCACACAGGACAGAAGCCAUUUGACUGUGCUGAAUGUGGUAAAACGUUUUCAUGGAGAAGUAAUCUUCAGACCCACCAAAGAAUUCACACAGGACAGAAGCCAUUUGACUGCUCUGAAUGUGGUAAAACGUUUUCACAGAGAAGCUCUCUUCAGAGCCACCAAAGAAUUCACACAGGACAGAAGCCAUUUGACUGUUCUGAAUGUGGUAAAACGUUUUCACAGAGAAGCUCUCUUCAGAGCCACCAAAGAAUUCACACAGGACAGAAGCCAUUUGACUGUUCUGAAUGUGGUAAAACGUUUUCACAGAGAAGCUCUCUUCAGAGCCACCAAAGAAUUCACACAGGACAGAAGCCAUAUGACUGUUCUGAAUGUGGUAAAACGUUUUCAUGGAGAAGUAAUCUUCAGAGCCACCAAAGAAUUCACACAGGAGAGAAGCCAUUUGACUGUUCUGAAUGCGGUAAAACGUUUUCAUGGAGAAACAGUCUUCACAGCCACCAAAGAAUUCACACAGGGGAGAAGCCAUAUUGCUGUUCUGAAUGUGGAAAAAAGUUUUCACAGAGAAGCAAUCUUCAGAAACACAAAAGAAUUCACACAAGAGAGAAGUGUUUGAAUUAG